AUGGAAACGAUCCAGCUGAAUAAUGGCAAGUCUAUCCCAUGUUUGGGUCUAGGAACAUGGAAAAGUCGCCCAGGGCAGGUUGGAAAUGCUGUGGAAGUCGCUAUCAAGGCCGGGUACCGACAUAUCGAUUGUGCAGCGAUUUAUGGCAACGAGAAAGAGAUAGGGGACGUUCUUAAGUCAUGCCUCGGAACUACGGUACGAAACUUGAAAUUGCUACGUUUAGCUAAAUUUUAUUUGCUAGCUAUAAAAUUAUUAGGGACCAAAUACGCUUGACAUUUUGUUACCGCACCCCCCCCUUGUAAAAACAGUCUUGGAAAAAAAAAACAACUGGAUAUUUCCACAUGUGCUGGAAAGGAAAAAAAACAAGAACAACAACAGCAGAAAUUCAUUUUCUCCAUAUUGUAAAUGAUGCAGCACACGCAUCUUCAUAUUCUUCUCUUGGAUCUGGAAGGGAGUCUUUUUGGGAUCCAGGAUUGGACCAAAAUACUUUGGUGUUUCACGAAAAUGCUAGCCUCCUACACAGAUGUUCUUAGGGGUUCGUCACAAUUUCCUGCCCGAGGAACAUCUGCUGAUACAAGCAGUUAAAUUCCUUUCCCUUUGUUCGUAAAUAACAGAUUGCAGCUUGAGUUCACGUGCAGAUUAUCGGAGAACCGAUGAACACUGUUAAAGUCAAAGUGUUGACAAGCCAAACACAACAUACAAGCUCAGUAGGGUGUGAUACAUGACCAAAGAGUUUUGUUCCGAACAAGAAUAUAGGAAAUAAGCGAUGGUUCCAUUUCUCUCUUUAAAGGCUGUCAUUUGCUCAUAAAGGUGUUGGGGGUGAGCGUGAGGUCUUCACCUUUCAUGAGACCUUUCUGAUCUUGUCUCUCUUGGGAAAUUUCUCAAGUACGUCCCAGAUCUGGAUGUGUGCUGUGAUUGGGCUACGUUUUUGACCGCUUGUUUCAGCAGAUGUUUGUUGGGGAGGAUUGCAUGACGAGCAAGAAAAUGCAAGUUUUCAGUAUGUAGGAUAGGAAGAAAGACUAUGUUUGUGAGAGGAGAGGAAAGGUGAACAGGUAAUCUUAGACCUUCCUCCCUCUAUAGAUCCUCCCUUAAUAGUGUACCAUCAAAAUGCUUGAAUAAAAAUUCCAUUAAAAUUGCUACAUUUUGCAGGUUGCCAGAGAAGAACUGUUCAUCACGUCUAAGCUAUGGAACACAAAACACAAUCCAAAAGAUGUACGCCCUGCACUGAUGAAUACUCUGAAGGAUUUAGGGCUUGAUUACCUAGACCUUUACCUUAUCCAUUGGCCCUUGUCAUUUAAAGAUGGUGACGAGCGUUUCCCUAAAGAUGAACAGGGAAAUAUGAUUUAUGCCUAUCACGAUCCGUGUGACACCUGGAAAGCUAUGGAAGAACUUGUUGAUGAUGGUCUUGUCAAAGCCAUCGGUAAGAAAACUUCCCUAUCAGGGUUGUCAUUAAGAGCCGGGGGCCAGGGAUUUUCCCCGGCUACUAAGAGAGUGGCCCCCGGCUACUUUUAUUGGAAAAUAGAAGAAAAAUAGAGCAUCUGCACUUGUAACCCAUUGCAUGGUGCUCAUUUGACGAAAAUCAAUUUUCUCCUUAGGAUAUCAAUACAUAAUCAAGAGAAAAUGUUGUGAGAAUAUAUAGAGUUGUCACUUCAUGGAAAAUGCUGUGAUCUUUAAACAAAUUCUCCCAAAUAAUUCAUUAAGGAAAUGUAUGGACAUCAGUCUUGAGAACUUGUAUUUGGAUAUUGGGGCUUAAAGAGUUAAGUGCUGGCAGCCGGCUAAAAAAAAAUUGCUACUUGGAGGUUUGAGCCGUUUACUUUAUGGGUAAUAGGGUAAAGUGAGAGAGGGAAAGCCUGAAGUUGCCUACAGCACUCAGUUACCAAGCAGCCUACUUUUACAUACUACAUGUAGCUGUCUAGUUUAAAACUUAAUGAGCACCCUACCAAAGGUGAUAGGUUUGACUCCUACAUGUAUUUGGAGUACUCGUUUUUUUUUUUUCUGAGCCACCUGUGUCAUUGACUGAAAAAUCAUCUUUCUCAUGAAUUGACACCAUGCGUAAAAUUCACCAAAAAAUACAUGUCAAGAGUCAGUUUUGCCACAAGUUGCAACAUUAUAAGUGAGGGAAGUAGAGCCCGGUUGUGUGGUGCAUUUCAUAGGUGGUGUUAGGAGGGAAAUUUUUCAGGCCCACAGUAAUAAUAUUAUUGGCUUCACAAUGUCGAGGCUGUGCUGCAUAAAACAAAAAUAAUAAGAAAAAUUACAUGUGAAAAAUUUAUGCUUUUCACACCCUUGGCUCAGGUAAUUUUGACAAUCCCCCAGUAUGUGUUUUAAUACACUAAUGGUAAUAUUGUCCUGUGUGUUGGUUUAAUUAUGAUCAGCUCUCAUCUUUAGUAAUUCUUCUUUCAUAACAGUCACACAUGUACCUACCAUGGACUAUACUUGAUUAUUUUGUUUAGGUUUAUCAAACUUUAACAGUAAGCAAGUUGACGACAUUAUAGAAAAAGGAAGAAUAAAGCCUGCAGUUAAUCAGGUUGAGUGUCAUCCAUAUUUGAAUCAGGCUGAGCUUAUGGAACACUGCAAGAAAAAGGGUGUUGUAGGUGAGGCUAUUAAUCCCAACUUCAUUAAAUUUACCAGUAUAGAGUAAGUAAGAUGGUUAAUUUGGUUGAGUAUUAGCUCAGAUGAUAUGAAUUCUUCCCUACCAAUUAUCCUUGUCCAGCAUUUCUGUUCUGCGUUCUCUGAUUAGAGGCUUUUGGAUUUUUUCAUUACUAAGUAGUACAUACCCACGAAUCAGCGUCACUUUGGCAGGAAAAUGUGAUAUCCAUCGUCACUCUUCUACAAAUUUUUAGCAAGAAUGUCACAUUGGUGGGAACUAAUAAAGGUUAAACCUCCUUUAACCCUUUAAGUCCCAAUGGUGACCAACAUCAAUUUUCUCCUAACCAUAUCCAAAGAUUGUCAAGAGAUUUGGUUAUGAGAAUUAAUAAAUUGAUCACCUAAGAGAAAAUGCUUUGAUCUUUCAUCAAAUUCUCUCAACUUGUUCUUUAAGAAAAUGUAUAGAGAUCAGUUUGGAGAAUUUGUAUGUGGAUAUUGGGACUUAAAGGGUUAAUAAAAUUAGCCUUGAAAAAAAUUAUUUUCUUGAAUCUUCUCCUUGUAGUCAUCUUUAUUGUCGAAUGGAAAGGUCUCUUUUGUAAAGUAAGGGGGAUUGUAUUUCUACCCCUACAGCUGUACAUGUAUGAUGGACUAGCAUCCCAUCCAGGAGGGGGUAGGGGGGGUUGGGGGAUGGCAAUAUUCCUAGGAGCUUCAUGCUACUGAAAUAGAGAUAAGCUAUGGUGCUGUGGGCCCCAUUGGCUUGCAGUACAUUUUCACAAUUUUUCGUUACACGCCCAGCACUUCAAUAUUGCUCCUUUUUUCUGUCAUCAGUCACAGCAUACAGCCCUCUUGGAUCACCAGACCGGCCCUGGGCAAAGCCUGAUGAACCCGCCCUCUUGCAGGAUCCUAAGUUGCUGGAAAUAGGCAAGAAGUAUGGCAAAAGCCCAGCACAGCUUUGUAUCCGCUUCCAGAUUCAGAGGGGUGUGGUUGUUAUACCCAAGAGUGUAACACCUUCCCGCAUUCAAAGCAAUUUUGAGGUACGUUUGUACAGUUGAACCUCUGCUAACACGGUGGCCGACCAAGCGGUCAGCGAUGAUGAUGGCCGUGUCUUUUGAAGCUGGAUAGUUUUGUGGAAUAACAAAGCUAUAUUAGAAUAAACUUAGUCAAUCCUGUUAAAGGGCCAUAUUUAGUUUUCUAUAAUGUGCCCUUCUCCAUUCUAACUCUCUUUUCUUUAUUAUGUACACAUAGUUUAAUCAACCUUGUAAUAAUUGAUAUUGUACAACUAAUGUAUUAUGUAUAGGAUGGAGUAAAAAUAAAAUACAAAUACAAAAUACAACACAGUGGCAGAUCCAGGAGAGGGGCCAGGACCCCCCAUUAUUUUUCGACCAAACCAAGGCCUGAAGGGCCGAAAAAAUUUUUUUGGGAGACUGGGCCCCCCCUUUUCUCAGGGUCUGGAUAAUCCCCCGCCCCCCUCCCCCCCUUAUCUGAAGGUCUGGAUCUGACACUGUAAGAGAUACGUUCCAGUAAAUGGAUGCCAAGCUACAUGUAAGCAGCUAAACCAUUACAUUUUUAAGCUCCUGUAAGCAGACACCGCCCUUUUUAGAGUCCACAGCAAUAUCACAGUAUGUCUUUAUUAGUUUGCAAUGUGGUCAUACUCUGAAAACUGUCUUAUUUUAAAAUGCAGGUAUUUGAUUUUGAACUGACUGCUGACGAAAUGAAGUUGAUUGAAUCAUUUAACAUUCCUUUCCGAGUCUGUAUUCCAAUGAUAGAGGUGAGUCAAGGGCAAGAUUUGACAGGACAAAACGGACUUUCCUUAAUCUCGUUUUUGACACAGUUGCGAUCACGUAUCCUCCUUAAAGGAGAUGUUUGUUUGUGAGUUUCAAAGUUUUGGGUUCAAAUUGUGCUGAAAACAGUGUAUCAGUCAAUUCUGAAAACCCUAAUCCAACCAUGCAAUUGCGCUGAAGCAUUGAUACUUGGUUAGCUCUGUAUUGAACGGGAAUUUGACAUAAAACGUGUCUUGACUGGGCGGCUUUUUGACGAUUAGCAAAGUGAUUGAUCAACAGUUUCGAGCUAUAUUUUGUGAAGGAAUCAGUCCCUUUGAAUGUUUGCCGGUUAUUGAAAGUUUAAUGUUAAGACAGUAUUUGUCUGCAGAGGCAGCAUCAUACAUUCUCUCUUUGAUUUGCCUCGCCCGCCAAAAUCGCAUAAGAUAGGAUAAGAUAACUUUAUUAUUAUCUCUUCGGGAUAUCUCUGUUUACAAAAAUCUAUUUACAAAAUUAUUAUGAACAUGUGAUAAAAAAUAAAAAAAAUGUAUUAUCAUAAGAGUACUAAAAUCAGAAAAAUACUGAAAGCAAAGAACGACAAAAUUAAUUAUUAAAAAGAGAUAAUAUUUAAAACAAGAUAUUUUGCCGCAUGGCAACAUCGCGAUUGGCUAGUAAAUAAUUGACAUGUUCACUUUUAUCGCUUAUUCUAUUAAAGAUUUCUUCCGAUAAUUUCCAGAAUGCAUCAGGCGAAUCAGGUUUAGAUAACUUAAAGAGGUCAAGACCAGCCUUAACGGCGUUGAUACUUGUUGAAUUUCGCACGCGUAGUGGCAGCUGGUUCCAAUAUUUGAUAACUCUAUUGUUCGCUUUUACCAAGCGAAGUGAAAAAGAUCCUCAUCUCAAGUUGCAUUUGUUUUGCUUUCUUAGGUUGAAGGAAAGAGAGUUGCAAGAGAUGCCGGUCAUCCUCAUUACCCAUUUAACAUUCCCUAUUAAUGUUUCAUGUGGUUUUCUGCAACGUUUUUGGUGGCGACGGCGCAUUUUGUAGUUAGGUAGUUACGUUUUCUUUCGUUCUAUUUCAUAAUGUACAGUAAGGAUUUCAGUAUCAAAGUCCGAUAUUAUUUUUCCAGGUUUAGUCAUGUACAUUAAAUUGAAGUGUCGUACAUAUUGAGAUGUGCCUGUUGAGUUUCUCCUGGGAGGGAGGGAUGGUAGAUGGUUGUAGUUGGACUGAACACCGCGUAAUUUCCCGCCAAAAUGGCGGGUUGGUGUUCUUGUUUGGUCUAGCUCAAGUCGCUUCGAGUUCAUG